UAUUAAAAGUAUGCUCGAGCGACUUUUGCCCAGGCCCCAUGCUUCGACGGGCGGUUGGCUAUGCUUGCUAUUGCCCACGGCCCUGAUCACAAGCUAUCUGCAUACACAGACCGCGUCGCCGGCCUGUCCACCCACGGAUGCAGUGCAUCAGCUUCUGAUUGCAGUCGCAAUUGGCAUGUGCCUGCGGACGCUUUUCUUUCUCUUGAGUUCCUACCUUAAGACUGGACCCCUUAUUGAGCGUGCGAGCAACCUGCUGCCCGGCAUUGCCACCAGCCUCUGGCUGACGCUGCUCUUGGACAUAACCUGGCCGUUUGCCCUGAUCGCUGGCCUGCUGCUCAUCCGCCUCUACCAGCAUGUCUACAUUAGCGUGCUGCGCGGUCUGCCCCAGACAUUCACCUUUGGCGAGGCUGCAAUUCUGGUGCAGGGACUCGUGCUCUUCCUGCUCAACGCCAGUUUCCGGCUGUGGUCGGAUCCGAAGCCCGCAUCUGAUUUUGGCCAAUUGAAUGCCAUAAUGCAGAGUGCCUUAGUCUCGUUGCUGUGCGCCUGCGUGCUGCUGGCGCUGUUGCGAUUCCUGCGCCAGCCGCUGCCCUUCUACCUGCUGAUGCUGCUGCUGCUCGCGGCCGUCACCUGCGCGCCCGUAACCCAGCCCUUGCCCCUGAUUGCCCUGCUCCAGUUCAUGUUCAAGGAGCAGAUCAGACUGUUCAUCAUAGCGUUCUAUCUGCUGCUCGUGGGCCUCACCUGCGCCACCGUCAGCUGGCAGCUGGGCAACUCGACGCAGGCGAGCACGCGGAUGCGCAAGAUAUUCCACUUGCUGAUCGUGCUGGUCUUUGUGCCCGGCCUGGUCUAUCAGUGCGCCUUGCUCUACAUUGCCACGGGCAUUGCUCUGGCCAUAUUCGUGGUGCUGGAGCUGCUGCGUCUGCUGCAGAUGCCGCCGUUUGCGGACACUUUAGCAAAGGCCUUCGACUCCUUCAAGGAUGUCAAGGAUGCGGGCCAGCUGGCGCUGACGCCCUUCUGCCUGUUGAUUGGCUGCGCGCUGCCCAUUUGGCUGACGCCCUGCCCCUGCGCCUGCCAGACGGCCGCCCCGGAGAGUCCGCUGCUGUUGCUCCUAUCCGGCGUACUCUCUGUGGGCGUCGGCGACACGGCCGCCAGCGUGCUGGGCUCCAAGUACGGACGCAACAAGUGGGCCAAUUCCAGUCGCUCCUUGGAGGGCACCGUGGCCUUUGUGCUGUCCGUGCUGCUCUCCGUUUGGCUGCUGCAGCUGGGCGGAGUCCUGGUCAUGAGCCAGGCCAAAUGGUUCGCCACGCUGUUUGCGGCGCUCAACACGGCUUUGGUGGAGGCCUUUACCGAUCAGGUGGACAAUCUGGUGCUGCCGCUGGUCUUUUACAUAAUCGUUGGGUUAGCCUAAGCAUAAACGUGAUAUAUUUAUGAACAUUCCAAUUAAGCCAAAGAUUUGAACAAUAUUUGUAAAUAAAAUAC